GGAAAGCGGGGGCUGCCCACUGGCUCAGCCUCCACAUCAGCCCCAGCGAGGGGCAGGAGAAGAAAAGAGCCUUAGCGGUGGUCUGGUGGAGUGGAGGAAGAAAGAAGACCCUGACGCUCAUGUGCUGGGCAAGGCUGCCACGGUGGAUGAUGCCGUGCUGCGGAAGAAAGAGCAGAAAGAUGCUGAACUGGAUAAGAAAAUCCUGGCUUUGCGGAAAAAGAAUGAAGCUCUCAUACGAAGGUACCAGGAAAUAGAAGAGGACAGAAAGCGAGCAGAGCAGGAGGGGAUGGCUGUCACUUCCAGGAGACCCAAGCAGGAUGGUCUGACUAUUACUAUCACCAAGGCCCAUAACGAGAAAAGGGUGGUGAGUGAGAAAUGGGGAAGCAGCUGCCCCACCAGCCCAGGGUUUGGAGUCAGCAAUGAGGAGGAAGAUGAGGAGGAAGCAGAUCAUAUGUUUACAUUCAGGAUGGGGAAGAGGAUGCAGCUGGCUGUUACUAUGGACAACAAAGCCAAGGGGAAGCGGAUUGUCAGUGAGAAACGGAGUUCAGAUGGCCUCCUUAGUCAAGGUGGGGACCCAGACCUGAGUGAGGAAGAGGUGGACCACCUGGUAGCUUUCCGCAGAGGGAGACGGAUGCAGAUUGCCAUCACUAUGGACAACAAGGAAAAAGUGGAUGAAAGGAGAACAGUGGAGAGGAGGCGAUCAGACACUGAUAAGUAUUCAGAGAGUGAGCACAACAUAAAGGAGGGAGGGAAACCUCUCCAGAAGAGUCCAGGAGACAUGGGUUUCACCAUGACUGGACGGGAAUGCUCAGAAUACGUGAGAUGGAAGAAAGAACGAGAUCAGAUUGACCUUGAGAGGCUAGCGCGCCACAAGAAUGCAAAGGGCGAAUGGCGACGGGCAUGGGAUAUAGAAAAGUCAGAACAUAUGUUUGAGGAGGACUUUACUAAGGAUGGGGAGCCAGUCUUGGAUAAUCUCAGCAGUAAGAAAGGGGGAAGAAAUGCCAGGAAAUUCCAGCACAGGUCCUUUCCUUCUGAAGGGAGAGGUGGAGGACAAAGCACUACGAACACAAGUGAGCCUGUUUCCAAAACAGUACCAGUUGUGAGCAGUAAAGCCAGAGGAAAGGAUAGACUGACUGGCAGAGCCAGAAGAUGGGAUGCGAAGGAAGGUGAAGACAUGUCCUUUCUAAAGGAUGACCCUGAUAACCAGGGAUCCACCAGUGCUGACACACUGAAAAGCAAAGUUCCAGCUGGCAGGGAGGUGACGGAACAGAAUUGCACAGCAGAUCAGGAAGUGAACAUGGAGCAGCAAAGGCCCCAAGACCCUGGUUUCUUCUCAUCACAAGGGGAGAGAGGUGGGAAGAUUCUGUCUGCACAGGACAUUCAGAGGGAGAAACAGCAGGCAGGGAAGUGCCUCAGCAAGGAAGUGGCAGUGUCCAGUGUGGGUGACUCAGAACCAGAAUCCAAGCAAAGUCAGGAAGGAAUUCUGGAAGCUGACACUGAGAAGCCUAGCACUACCAAUCUCUCCCAGCAGGGCAGCUGCAUGAACGGCAGCACUUCCCAAAUCAUCACUACAAGCACUAUGCAAGCUGCUGGCCCUGGCAGUAAGGGAAGCAUGUCAACACCCCUGGGAAAUGGGUUAGAGAAAAAUGCUCUGUCAGAAAGAGAGCCCAUUGAGGACUCUUCAGAAAGCCUCAGCGGAAACCUGGAAGAGGCAGCACGUGGUAGAUGUGAUGGAGCCAAAGGACUGUCACUGAGGAGACUGGCUGAGGUGUCCCAAUACACUGGUUCUGAGGGGCAAAAAGUCACAGUGAAAGGAGGCAAGGUAGCCACAUGCCUUGAACAUAGAGGGGAUCCUUCAUCCCCAAGGAAAGACGUCUCAGACAAGAUUGGGGUCUCACAGAACAGGAAAGGUGACCAGCCUGAGAAGUGCAGUUAUAAAAACAGUGGGGACGGUCAGAACUCAAGGAGAAUACACUGGAUUGCAAGAGAUUGAAGGACAAAGUGCUAAGGGGUGGUUGAUGAGAAAGGAAGCUGAGCACAAUCUUCUCCUCACUCUCAGAGCUUGUAUGAAAUCAACUUUGGGCACCAGGCCUUCACCUUUCAUCAUCCAAUAUCAACAUUCACCACAAACUAGAUCCCACUGGUCGGUAGCCAUUCACCUCCCUGAAACUGACUGUUCACCAUUUUGGCAUCACCUCUCAGUACCUGUCUCUGUGCCAAAUGACAGAGAAACCUACAAAUCAAGUUGCUAGAGGGGAGAGAAGAUGAAACAGUCACUUUUAUUUUGUAUUUGUUUUUCUUACAUUGUGAGUGUGUGGCAAGCCAUGACAUAUAUACUGUAUGCACUUUAUUUUAUUUAAUAACCAAUUCUAUUUAAAACUGAGGUUUGGUUUUCAGCACCUCCCUCCUGCUUAAGGGCCGACAGAAUACUGCACCCUCCAGGAAAGGGUGAUAGAAGUGUUUAAAGGUUUAUGGGGAGCGUUUAUCUUGUAGCUUUGAAGUUAAUGGGCAACUGCCAAAUUAGAAGGUAUUAGGAUGGGGGUUCUUGUCUCCUCAUGAGAAAGGGUGACGGACAAGAUGGGUGUUUUGGGGAGAUGUUAAAGUGUAGUUUUGUAGGUGGUUGAGAAAUUGAAGGGUGUUGGGUAAGGCGGUUUAUACUAGUGUCUCAAAAUGGCUGAAGAGUUGGCAGGGAUGCAAGGAUGUACUGUCGUACUGUCAUCCUCUAGACAACAGGGCAUUGAGGAGGUAGAGUGUUAAGGAGUUACACUGUGGUUCACGAAUAAUUUUGAAAGACUCAGAACGACUCAUUGGUGCCACUAUGUUAUUCAGGAGGUCACCAUUUCCUCCUUUUGGAUUUAGCAGGCACAAGUGGCAGGCAGCACAUUAACUCUGUGGAGAUUAGGCUUUCCUGAGUAGGAUACUGGAUUGAAUGGAUAUGAGUGCCACUUGAAGGGAUCCUGGCAAAGUACCAGGUCUGCUUCUUAAAACCCAGUAUCAGCUGGCACCUACUUGGUCAAGAGAGCUAAUGGCACCUAAAAUCACAUGCACCAGGCCGGGUUAGGAGGGGCAUUCGAACAUGGUAAUCCUCCUUCUCUACUUAACCCACCAAGAAUUUGCUAGGACACGUGAGGACAUUUGUGGAAAGACUUCUGGGCUAGUUAAGGUUGAACAUCCAGGUUUCCUCUGAGAUCCUUUCACUUUCCUAACCACACCCUCUGCUCUCUUAACCUUCCAAAGCCUUCUGCUUGCAUAAGCUGGCACAGUAGUGACUUCCCAGGAAUCUGCCAUAUUAAGUUUUGUUUUAGCCUUAAGACAAGGCACCUUUCAUAAGGAGUUGACUAAUCCUUUACUAAGGUAAAUCAGAAUAGCUUCAUUAAUUUCAGUGGAAAUAUGCUAAUUUACAUCAAGGACUUGGCUCAAAAAUGUUAUCCAAUUAAAGAAAAGAUGGGAAGUGGGCUUGAGAGAUAACAUCACAUAUUUUCAGACUGAUGACUUACAGAGAAGGGGUGUUGUCCUCAUUUUCAAACCUGGCCCUGAGACGUGAAGCAGUUUCAUCCUCUCGAUUGAAGGGAGAUGUGAAUGUGUGUGUGGAUGCGUGCACAUGGGCAUGGAGAUUUAUUUGGUUUCCCCGCAAGAAGUGUUGCUAAUCCAAAUGGCAGACUGCUUUACUGAGGAGGUUGGCAUGAGUGCACUGGAAUGCUGUUUUAAUAAACUAAUCUUUGCACAGAGAAAUGUUCUGAUUUUCCCCAUAAUUCAGAGCCAAUGCAUUUAGCUGGCUUUCACUCAAGAGGACAGAGUUAGGCAAUCUCUUCUGUGUGCCAAAUUUGUGAUAGUUCACUGACCCACCCUGAGGCUGUUAGCAAGAGAAGAAGCAGAAGAUAAAACAUGAUUAUAGUAUGCUGUUAGAAACAAUUUUCCUGCCAUUUAGAGCUAAAGUGGGUUAUAAAACUGCUUCAAUGCCUGGAAGUUCUUCUAGAUCAUUAAAGGGUGAAUUUCCUCAUACCAUAAGAUACUGGGUUGGAGGAGCAGCUGGAUUAGAGGACUAGUAAUUUGGCUACAAACUCAUUUAUAUCUAGCAUGCUGACCUCACUCUGAACCAGAUUGGAAUUUUAAAGUAAUUAGCACUACAUAGCUUUAUAGUUUGGUAGCCUAUGUAAAAAGGAGAUGGUAAUAGUCAAAUUCCCAGAAGGUUCACAACCAAAAUAUUCCCUUCUUCCUGGAGGGUGUUCCUCCAAGUCAGAAGUAAGGCACCGUGGAUGGAGUAGUAUACAAAAGGUUUCACUGCCACAUGACCCCACUUCUACAGCUAAAGAGAUGAGUUCAGUUUCAACUGUGGUACACUUAGCAUCUUGUGCUAGGCUAAAUUCAGCAUCAGGAAAAAUUGCUGCUUACUUCCCCCUCUUCCUCUCUUUCCCACAAGCUCAAGCAACAAGUAGUGCAUAAGGAGGAACAUGAUUAUGGACUUCAUGGAAGGUACUGUACAGAUGGUCCAUGCUAUUAAUGUUAAGUUUCCUUAAUUAAGAACAGGCUGUUUAUUCUGUUUGAAAACAGUUUGUUCCAAUUGUUGGAGAAUCAUGACUAGUGUUUAUUUCUUCAGUACAAGGGUUAUAUAUAUAUAUAGGGGAAGGUUGAGGUGAUUGAAAAAUUGAAGUGUAAGGAUUAUUUUUGUUAAAUAAAAGUUUAAGGAGGAAAAGACAAAAGUUCCAAUUUGUUAACACUUCUCUCGAGGAUGGCCAGAAAGGUCUUUGAAAGGGAGUCAUAACCUUUGGCUUCUCUUUCAAGAGCAGCGGAGCUGGAGAUGAAUUUUAUUUCUUGUUCUCCACCUUAGUCUUCCCAAAUCCACCCUACUCUUAGUAGGAAUGUUAACACCAUCCCAUUUAACAGUGAUUCACAGUGAGGUUGAGGAGUCUAUGAAGAAUUUGGCUCAUGUCCACAAGUUCUAUCCUAUGCCUUGCAAGUCAAGGCUCUAUUUAAAAACAGAGCUUACAUAUUAUUUUAAGGAAAUAUACAAGCCACCACACUCCUCUAUGCUCUGACUUAGAGAACUUGACCUAUGGGAAGUUUGCAGGGAUUACCUAGCCUAAUACUUACAUAGUAAACUGACGCUGGAUCCUUUCCAUGCUGAUAACAAAGACCAUUCAUUUCUGUUUGCAAGAAUAGUCGCACAAAUAUAAUAGGUUUUAGAGUGGUAGCCAUGUUAGUCUGUAUAAGCAAAAAGAACGAGGAGUACUUGGGGCACCUUAGACUAAAAAAUUUAUUCAGACAUAAAUAUAAUAGAAGCCUAUGAAGGGCAGUCACUAUAAGUCAGCUGCUUACAGAGGUAUUUGUUUUCUCUCAACACUGGCUGACAGCUCUGUGAUUCUUUCACAUUGGACUUGGGACAUCCAGUUCGAGGGAAAGCAGUGGCAGGACCGGCGCUAGGGUUUUGAGCACCCUAAGCUGACAGCAAUUUCGCCGCCCUGCGCGCUGGUCCCACGGCUCCGGUGGAGUUGCCGCAGUGGUGUCUGCGGGAGGUCCACCGGAGCCGCGCAAGCAGCCGACCGUCCGCAGGCA